AUGGAUAUCCAUUUGCCAAAGAAUGCUGAUUACCGGAUAUGUGUUCAAGUGCGUGGGCUGGUCAGUCUGUCAAAACAUAUCCAAAUCUCAUUAAUUGCUUCACUGAGGGUGAAGCGCCAUAAAACACAGACUGAGACCCAUACUCACUUCUUCCCCCGCCACAGUCACUCACUUUUUCUCCCCCCCUCUCCUCAGUCCUCCUCCCCCCCCGCUACAGUCACUCACUUCUCCCCCCCCCUACAGUCGCUCACUUCUCCCCCCGCUACAGUCGCUCACUUCUCCCCCCCCUACAGUCGCUCCUUCUCCCCCGCUACAGUCGCUCUUCCCCCGCUACAGUCGCUCCUUCUCCCCCCCCUACAGUCGCUCCUUCUCCCCCCACUUCAGUCGCUCACUUCUCCCCCCACUACAGUCCUCCUUCUCCCCCCCUACAGUCGCUCACUUCUCCCCCCGCUACAGUCGCUCACUUCUCCCCCCCGCUACAGUCGCCCUUCUCCUUCCCCCCCACUACAGUCGCCCACUUCUCCUUCCCCCCCCUACAGUCGCCCCUUCUCCUUCCCCCCCGCUACAGUCGCCCCACUUUUCCUUCCCCCGCUACAGUCGCCCACUUUUCCUUCCCCCCCUACAGUCAGUCCUUUUCCUUCCCCCCCGCUACAGUCGCCCUUUUCCUUCCCCUACAGUCGCCCACUUUUCCUUCCCCCCCUACAGUCCCCACUUUUCCUUCCCCCCGCUACAGUCGCCCUUUUUCCUUCCCCCCGCUACAGUCGCCCACUUUUCCUUCCCCCGCUACAGUCGCCCUUUUCCUUCCCCCCCGCUACAGUCGCCCACUUUUCCUUCCCCCCCCCGCUACAGUCGCCCACUUUUCCUUCCCCCCCGCUACAGUCGCCCCUUUUCCUUCCCCCCGCUACAGUCGCCCACUUUCCUUCCCCCCGCUACAGUCGCCCACUUCUUCUCUCCCCCCGCUACAGUCGCUCUUCUUCUCCCCACCUACAGUCGCUCCUCCCCACUUUCUCCCCCACCACCCUGCGCACUUCUUUCCACCUGUAUUCUGGGUUGUUCUUCCUUUUCUUGAACCCCCCUCUUUCUUUCAACAAUAAAGUCGUGAAAAAAGGCGUUUUUUGUUUUUUUUCUCUCUCUCUCGCCUUUUUUUUUCUCUCGCCUUUUUUUUUCUCUCGCCUUUUUUUUUCUCUCGCCUUUUUUUUUCUCUCGCCUUUUUUUUUCUCUCGCCUUUUUUUUUCUCUCUCUCUCCUUUUUUCCUUUCUUUUUCUCUCCUUUUUUCCUUUCUUUUUCUCUCCUUUUUUCCUUUUCUCUUUUUCUCUUCUUUUCUCUCCUUUUCCUUUCUUUUUCUCUCCUUUUCCUUUCUUUUUCUCUCCUUUUCCUUUCUUUUUCUCUCCUUUUCCUUUCUUUUUCUCUCCUUUUCUCUCUCUCUCUCUCCUUUCUCUCUCUCUCUCUCUCCUUUCUCUCUCUCUCUCUCUCUCUUUUUCUCUCUCUCUCUCUCCUUUCUCUCUUCUCUCUCUCUCCUUUUCUUUUUCUCUCUCUCUCCUUUCUCUUUCUCUCUCUCCUUUCUCUUUCUCUCUCUUCUUUUCUCUUUCUCUCUCUUCUUUUCUCUUUCUCUCUCUCCUUUCUCUUUCUCUCUCUCCUUUCUCUUUCUCUCUCUCCUUUCUCUUUCUCUCUCUCUCCUUUCUCUUUCUCUCUCUCUCCUUUCUCUUUCUCUCUCUCUCCUUUCUCUUUCUCUCUCUCUCCUUUCUCUUUCUCUCUCUCUCCUUUCUCUUUCUCUCUCUCUCCUUUCUCUCUCUCUUUCUCUUUCUCUCUCUCUUUUUCUCUCUUUCUCUCUCUCUCUCUUUCUCUUUCUCUCUCUCUCCUUUCUCUUUCUCUCUCUCUCCUUUCUCUUCUCUCUCUCUCCUUUCUCUUUCUCUCUCUCUCCUUUCUCUUUCUCUCUCUCUCCUUUUUUUCUCUCUCUCUUUUUUCUUUUCUCUCUCUCUCCUUUCUCUUUCUCUCUCUCUCUUCUUUCUCUUUCUCUCUCUCUCCUUACUCUUGUCAUUCUCUUUCCUCUCCCCUCUCCUUCCUCUCUUUCCUCUCCCCCUCCUUUUCUUUUUCCUCUCCCCCUCUCCUUUUUCUUUCCUCUCCCCACUCUCCUUUUCUCUUUUCUCCCCCCUCUCCUUUUUUCUUUCCUCUCCCCCUCUCCUUUCUCUUUCCUCUCCCCCCUCCUUUUCUCUUUCCUCUCCCCUCUCCUUUUCUCUUUCCUCUCCCCCUCCUUUCUCUUUCCUCUCCCCCUCUCCUUUUCUCUUUCUCUCCCCCCCCUCUUUAUAUAUAUAUAUAUAUAUAUAUAUAUAUAUAUAUAUAUAUAAAGGUUCUUAA